AUGAAAUUCCAGAUAGUUCUGAUGAAGAGGAAGAUCCGAUUGUUUUACGAGAUAGAAGAAUCCGAAGGAACAGAGUUGAUAAACAUAUAUUGUCAAUUGUUCUUCAAUGGUGUUGAGUUCAAAGAGGUUGUAAUUGAGUAUGCUUUAAACUCAGGGAAUAAUGUGGUUCAAGGAAGAUGGGAGAAGACAAGGCUUGAAUUCAAGUGUGGUGUUGUUGGCAAGUGUUCUUGUCGACCAAUUAUCGGGCUUGAUGGUACAUUCUUGAAGACUGCAGUGAAAGGAGUGUUGUUGGCUGCAAUUGGUCAUGACGCAAACAAUCAGAUUUAUCCACUUGCUUGGGCUGUGGGACUCAUCAGUUCAGUGCAAACGGAAUUGCCUAAAGCUGAACAUAGAUUUUGUCAACUAGCUUGGAGCUACAACAAGACUGAGUUUAAAGAGAAUCUCAACAAAGUGAAAGAAUAUAAUGUUGACGUCUACGAUUCAGUGAUAAAAAAGAAACCCGAGACGUGCUCAAGAGCUUUCUUUAAACUUGGAAGCAACUGUGAGGAUGUUGAUAACAACGCCACAGAAUCAUUCAACGCAUCAAUUACAAAAGAAAGGGAUAAGGCAAUGAUUCCAAUGUUGGAGACAGUUAGGAGGCAAGCUAUGCAUCAAAUGGUGAAGAGGCAUAAUAAAUCCAAGAAUCACGAAGGAAGAUUUACAGAGUAUGUUGCCAAGAUUCUCGCAGAGCAGAAGAAAGAUGCAAACAAGUGUGAUACAACUCCCUCAACUCAUGGAGUAUACGAGGUUAUGCUUUAUGGGAAUAAAAAUUCAGUGAACACGAAAAGAAGAACAUGUACAUGUGGUAAAUGGCAAAUCAGUGGGAUUCCAUGUGAGCAUGCUUAUGGAGCAAUGAUUGAUUAUGAUAUGAAUGUUGAAGAUUAUGUAUCAGGAUUUUUCAGCACUGAUUUGUGGCGAGACAAUUACGAGCAGUCCAUACAUCCAAUGAGAGGGCCAAGAUUCUGGAUGACAUCUAUGUAUCGCUUGGUAACAGCACCACCUGAGCCUAUACUACCCGGGAAGAAAAAACAAAUAGAUAGAAGACAUAUCAAAGGAUUAAAGGAAAACACGAGUCACCGAAGAAGAAAACAAUAA